AUGGAGUUUCACUUACAGAGAGUUCAUCAAUAUUCAUAUCGCAACGUGUUUGGCAAUCCCAUCACUGACGAAACUUUGCGUGGCAUGCCAGAGUACAAGGACAAGCCCGAAAUCACAGCUACAGAGAGGGCGAAAGCGGCUCUUAACAUGAAGAAUGCUGGGGACAAGCAUGUCAAAGCUCACGAAUUUGUGGAAGGUCUCAAGGACGACUGCGGUGGUAGACUAGAUUUUGUUCGGUCGGGCCACAUUGGGGCAUCACCGUACCCACAACAAAUUAAUAACGGACAAUGGGGCGCAUAUUUACACGUGCAUCCCAAAGGAGCUGCUGUUGGAUCAUCUGCAGCUGUUGUUUAUCGGGGAAAAAUGAAG